AUGCACUUUACUGGACCAAAUAUUACUUUGUCUGACGGCUAUUUUCACAGAAUACGUGGAUUUCGCAGAGGCAUCCAUUUGAUUUUAGAGAUAGACAAUAAGCAGCCUACGCAUAAACUGCAAGGAAAAACAGGGAGACAGUUCAAUGAUCAAGAUGCAAUAUGGCUCGGAGGUGCUCCACUGUUUAAUAUAUCUUGUUUCCUCCGUCUUUUCUUGGUCGGUGUAUACUACAACGGCUUACUGCUGAACGAUCUGAUAGCUGGACUAUCCCAUAGAUCGUUUAUCAAAGCAAAAAUAUUUGGCAGUGUUAUUCACGUGCCAAAUUUCUCUGUCCGAUUAGUGCAAAAUGGCAUGUUUACUUG